AUGGGUUGGACACUCACCGGUCUUGGGGCGGCUUUGGUCAUUGUCGUCGUGGCUGGCGCAGCCCUGGCGCUCUGCAGAAGGUACUGCAUCGGCUGGCAAUGGGGCACCAGAAACGUGUGGAACGUCUGCGAGGAAUGGCGACAAAGGCUGUCCUGGCUGUGGGCGCCUAGAGAAGAAAAGGUUGGCCUGGUGAAAGCACAAUAUCCACCGGCGCAGACAAUCCCCGGAUUGUAUCGACAAACCAGAAACGCGUCUGAGCAUUUGCUUCAUAGCGACAGCGAUCUCAGGCUCGACGCGCAAGGAGCUUUUACAAGAUUCGAGUCAGUGGACCGAGAUCUCCAUCCGCCUCUGAGCACAGCCAGUAGCGCGAUACCUCCUCAGCCAUUAAGGCCAGCGCCCCAACCAAGGCCGACCGCGCGUCCAAGGCCGUCUCCACUUCAGACCUCGAGUACCGUGGACUACCGACGAAUGCAGGAGUCAGGUCCAGGGCCGUUAACACCGCCGCCCCCGUUGCAACGACCAUCAGUACCCUCGAGAUCAUCCGGGCCGUCGGUAUUUCUCUUCCAAACACCGUCGAUCCAAAACUACGGAUUGCACGGGACGUCGAAUCAGGCGUCGUUCCGAUACGAGGACGACGAUCGUGCAAACACGAUCGCCGAGAGCAUGCACAUGGACUCACGAUUAAGGUACGAGCUCGAGGAAGAACGACGGAACGAGAAACGGUGCAACAAUCCCUACCGACAAUUCGACGGCAACGUCGAACCGUCGACAAGAAUCAGAUACAGUGUGCACGGUUCACCAAUGACUACCAUGGACGACAAGGACGACGAAGACAGCAACAUGAGCUACGGCAGCUACGACAUCGUCCAAAGAAGCCACAUGCUACGUCAGCACGCCAGGAAUGAUACCCGCGUAUCUCCAAGCGGUUACGGAAUGACGAGUUCCACGAAUGCCGCCAGUCAAACGAUCAUCGAGCCGAUGUACGGGCCCGCCGCGUUGUCGAAGAUGCUGCAGAGUACUCAGAGCCUGGGCAACGACCUCGAUCGCAAGAGCAACGAGACCCAGAGCAUCGAGAUGACGCCGUUCAGAAGCUACAGCCUACAGGACGACAUCGACACGUCCUACUUGGGCAGGGAGUCGCAAGGCUUGCAAAAGGUCUCGCAGUACAUACGAAGCCUGCCCGAUCUUCCUAUUUACGACUCGAUGAACGAGCUCGAGUUACACCAGAAUCAGGAUCACGUGAUGUACGACGACGACACGAUCGCCGAGCCGAUCAACGGGAUGAACUUUAACAGCGACUCGACCCCAAGCCCGGUGCCGCCGCCGCCACCUGCGCCCCCCGAUCCGCUCCAAGAUGUGCCAAAAAAGGACGGUCAGACCACCGGGGAGAGGAUUUUCAACGCUCUCAGGCUGGUCACCUCGCAGGGUUACAUGGACGGGUCGAAGUUUUACAAUUCGAUCCUAUCCUCACCCCAGCCAAUGCAACGUUUCUCUUUUUCAUCGAGAUUUCCGUCACUGAUAGACGAUAGCAUCAAUAGUCAGUUGCAGAACGACAUCCAGGAUAUUUACGGCGAGAAUGAUUCCGACGUGAUAGGUCUUGACGGUUCUAAACGUAGCUCCGAUCUAUACAGUCCUGAGUUGAACUUGGAAGCUCAAAGAACUGCGCAAGAGGUGUACAAUAGUUUACAAAACCCUCCGUCUUCACCGUUAUUACUUAAAGAUCACAGUCCAGAAAUCUACGCCUACGAGACUGAUCCUAGCUUUACAAGAACUUCGGAGGAUAUUCUAAAUAGUAUCGAGCAAAGAAGAAAAAGCAUGGAAAGGCAAAACGUUAUCUUCAGCGAACUCAGCGAGCUCGAGGACGCUCACGCGAUGAGAAUGCGAAGCAGUCAAGAAUUUCCCAGCGUUCUCGACGACAUGCCGCUGACACAAAGAUCGUCUCAGCGCCUACAGGAGGCGUUCAUCACGAAUUACACAAUGACCGUCUACAAUGGGUUCAGUCCCGGAAGUCGUCGUGGAUCCCAGGGACCGGAACCAGAGCCGCCGCCGGAUGAUUCGAACCUGAAGAGGGCAUUAAGUUGCGAGAGCGUGUGUUCGGACACCAGCAUAGUGAUCGAUGACCUCGAACAGGCGCUUGUCGUCGGUCAGGUCUGCGUCGGAGUCGAGUACGAUAGCUGUCGCGGGGCUGAGAACGAGUUUAACGUCGCGAGGGUUAGUGUCCUCGAGGCGAAGGAUCUCGUUACACCCGAUGGCCAGCGUGCACAAAACACAUACGCCAGAGUGUGUCUAUUGCCGGACAGACAUCAGUACCAAAGGACCAGACUGUACAAGGGAACUUCGUCGCCCAGUUACCAGGAAAACUUCCUGAUCGGGCUUCGUGGCGAUCCCACCGGCAGGACUCUUCUGAUCGAAGUGUUCUCCAGUAUGGACGGCGAGGACAUUCUUAUAGGAACGGCCACGUUUCAAUUCGGACCUAUACCAAGGGCGCCAGCAACCACAUGGUUGCCUCUUGCAGGGUCGCCAACGCCGCGCUUGGGUGAAUUAAGGUUCUCUUUGAGCUACUUGCCGACAGCUGAAAGACUCACUCUAGUCGUCGUCAAGGCUAAGAACUUGCGCGGCAUCAGCAGUGUGCCUGGAGACUUUUUCGUGAAGGUUUACUUGCUGCAACAAGGCAAGAAGACGCAUAAAAAGAGGACGUCUGUAAAGAAGGGCGAAAACAGUCCAAUCUUCAACGAGGCGAUUAUUUUUAACGUGCCCACUCACAUUCUACAGAAUAUCCAAUUAAGAUUAACAGUGGCUCAAAUGAACAGCGAUCAGAGCGUAAGUUCGAAACCGUACUCGGUUGGACACAUUAUCGUGGGACCCACGUCGACUGGAAGGGCGUACGAGCAUUGGGUGCAGAUGCUUGCGAAGGUCAGGCAUCGGGUCACCAAGUGGCAUCCACUCAGGAAAUGA